UUCCCCCUCUGUACUUUUCCUUUUUCCUCAGUUUAAAAGCUUGAAAGCAACUACACCCUGCCACUCUUUUGUUUUUUCCUUGCUUCUUUUUUUUUCUUUUAGUUUCUCGCCCCAUUUAUUUAGUAAAACCCUUAUCGUUCAUGGUUAUCUUCUUUGCCAAUUUCAUAUCUCUCGCUUUCUGUCCAUCAGUUGAAUACAUUAUCCAUUUGGACCAUUUCUCUCUGCGUUACUUCCAAUAAUUUCCUCAUGGAUUAGCUCCAUCGCUUCUUCUGUCAUAUACUUCAACAAAGCCAUCCAACAAACACUCACUCUUUCUCUUUCUUUCGUUGCUAAACUCUUCUUCUGAUGGAACUGUUGUCAGAAUAUUAAUGGCUAGCUAAGAAUUGAAAGAAAGGCCUGUCUGCUUCUUUUCUGCUUCCUUCUUUCUUUCUUUCUUUCUUUUACCUUCUGUAACUUGUCUACAAUUGCUUCCACUCUACAGUUUCCCAGUUCUCCAAUUCCUACUAAAUUUUCAGUUCUACUUUCCCACGUUUCUCUCCUCCUUUUGACGGUUUAUCUGAAACUGGCAGUGCAGAAGUUACCAAGAUAAGAUUCCUCAUCUCUGCUAGAUUUGUGGGAUUCUCUCCGGUACCCCCUUUUUUUGGCCAAUCUCUCAGGUAUCCGGCUUGCGAACACCAUAAAGUUGCUUUUAUUAUGGCGGUGCAAUGACGAUUAAGGCCCUCUCUUCCACCACUUCCUUGAGCCUCUUUUUCUGCAUAUUUCUUCCUUGUAUGUUUGCUUCGUGGACACUACAACUAGGACAAGGAAAGACCUGAGUAGGCUUCUUCCAUUGGUAUUGGAAGUUAGGUCAUGAUUAAUCUUUGAGACAUUAACUCUGCAUCCCCUUGAAGAUUUCAUUUGUCCAAUUAAAACUUAUUAUUAUUAAUUGCAAUAAAUUGUCAACUACUCUAGAUUUGGUCACAUAUGAGGAGUCAUUUGUCUUAGGCACCACAUUAUGAGCUUCAACACGACCAAUCCCCUUCCAGCAAUUCUUCUUGAAAGGAGAAAAAAGUUUGUAACAGAAUUUGAGUUCAGGAGGAGAAGAAUUUGAUUAAGGUGAUGGGAAUGAAGAAUGGAAAAUCAGAAAAACAGAAAUGUUGAUGGACUAUGAUUUGAGGCGGAUUGAAGGUAAGCUGAAUGUUGCAGGAAUAUUGAGCUUUCAAGUCCAGUAGCUCGGUGGGUGAAUCAGGCUUGGCUUGCAUUUUCGGACUGAAAGUUUGGGUGAUUUUGGAGAUACUUUAAGGGUCCUGGGGUCCCGUUGAUGGACUCGUCAUCUUCUACUUCGUUUAAAAGGGCUCGGGCACCUGGCAGCGGAAACCAGGUACCUUCAUGCUUGGUUGACGGUUGCACUGCAGACCUCAGCAAAUGCAGGGACUACCAUCGACGCCAUAAAGUAUGCGAAGUCCACUCUAAGACCCCAAAAGUUACAGUUAGGGGUCAGGAACAACGAUUUUGCCAGCAGUGCAGCAGGUUUCAUUCGUUAGUGGAGUUUGAUGAGGGGAAACGAAGCUGCAGGAAACGUCUUGAUGGACACAACCGACGACGGAGAAAGCCUCAACCUGAUUCUUUGUCUGUAAAUUCUGGAAGGUUUCUUUCCAAUCACCCAGGUACUAGAUAUUUACCUUUCAGUAGCCCGCAAAUGUUUUCCACUAACGCUAUAACCUGUUCUUGGGCGGGGGCUGUGAAAGUGGAAACCGAUAGAAGCUCGGAGUUGAACUUCAGCGGCAGAAAUAAUCUGUUCCCUGGAUCCUCUUCUCACAACUACAAAGGAGAAAAGCAGUUAUCAUUCUUACAAAGUUCUAGUUCGUCAUUUCCUGGAGUUUCUGUUUGUCAGCCGCUUCUUGAUAGCAAUCCCUCAUCAAAGAAUGGUGGCAGCAGCCAGAAAAUGUUCUCAAAUGGGUUAAAUCAAGUCAUCGACUCUAAUCGUGCUCUCUCUCUUCUGUCAUCCCAACCAGCUGAGACUCGGGAAAUUGCUUUGAGCCCCAUGGUGCAGUCUGGCCCAGCUUCAUCCUUGACACCGAACUUGCAAUAUAAUGGUCUUGGAAUGCAGGGUGAACAAGUAGGAACUAUUGUUGCCACUGAUGGAAGUGGUAACACCAACCUCCAUGGUCUUGAAAUGUUAGGAACCGGGCAUCCCGGGUCAUCUGCAAGUGGUACUCACCAGACACUUUCCUUCUCAUGGGAGUAGUAUGUGUCAUUUCCAUCUACUUUAAAACCAGAUGGUUUGAGUAAUUAUCUACAUAUGCUUAUCCCAGAAAUUAUAAUGUUUUGCCGUUUAAGCAGUGGCAUUUUGGAGAUGCAAAUGUAUGUACAUUGUGUAUUUUUCGUUUAGAAUAAUUAUGUAGCCUUGUUUAAGCAGUGACUUCAAUGGGUCAUCUUCAAAUGCUUUCCGAUGUAUUUCAUAGACGGGAGAACCAAAGUUUAAGAUUAUCUGUGUUCAUCCUUUCCCCUCUUUAUAAUUCCUUUUGUCUUUCACGUAUUUCCAUUUAAGGCAGAUGAGAACAGAUCGGUUAGAAUCAAGUGCUAUUACCGAGCAACACAUAAGACAGUAAAAAAAAAAAAAAGGUUCUAGACCAGUCGGGAUUGAGACAAUUUCUGAUGUCGUGGCAUAUUCUUUAACAGCAUUUUUGACUGUGAUAAACCAUCCCAUAUCUCUAGAUGCCAGACAUGGGCGACGGUUUAUUCCUUAAAAGAAAUACAGAACAGGGCCUAAACACGAAACAUGUCAUAUAUAACUCAAUAGGAUUGAAGAUUUAAGCAUCAAUGGAUCAAACUCUUUCGGUUAGGUAAAAUGCCUAAAUGGGUUCCAUUGUUAGACGCGGAAAUUUCCUGUUUUUUAGAAGAAAUUCUGCUCUUUGUAUGCCACCGAGUUUGACUAAGUUGUUCUACGUUCAAACUGAUUUUGAUAAUGAACAAAAUUAGGCUUAGGAAUUUUCUGUGAAGAUCAAAUCUUUGCUUUAGAAUUGGGUUACGUAUGUAACAUAUCACAGUCCUGGAAAAGCAAAAGAAAGCCUCGUAUCUUUUCAUAGGGGGGGGGUGGUGCGGAAGUAUCCAGGGCAAGUUCUGAUCAGCAGACCACAUCUUGAAAGACGGUUGAAAGCACAAUAAAACCAGUCCCUACUCGGUGUGGGAUUGAUAAAGUGAUUGAUUUUGAUUUUUUAGUUGAAGGACGGCGUGGGCCAGCUAGGGGUUUAAUGUUUAUCUGAAAAGCAAAACCCACUUUUGCUCAAUUCACACAACAAAUUCUUUUAUAUUAGU